GCGCGUGUGUGUGUGUGUGUGUAAAAAUAUAUUCCCCACGUUGGAAUAGAAAAUUUUUUCUUUUCAUUAACCCCUCUUGUACAUCGAACGAAACGUCCGUUUGUUUAAUUAUUUAAUUCCAGAAUUGAAACGUUGAUAAUAUUAUUUUUGGAACUCUAGCGACAAGCGAACGACGUAGCAAGUGAUACGACUCCAAGUCACGAAUGGGAUACUUCCUACGGGAUAGUUGCUAUAUUCGCCGAAGCGAAAUUACAGAGGGCGCUAGGAAACGCUAAGAAACGCUUCGACGUCACGUCUACCGUGUCGAUAGUCGAUGGUUAUUAGUCAAUCUCGAGUCCGAACGUAUGGUCGAAUAUGUGGUCUACUAGACGAUAAAUAUGGCGUACCGUGGUGUGAAAGGUUCCGAUCCGUUCGUUUCGAAAACAUCGCGAAACGAACGUUUCGCGCAAAUGUCGAAGCAAGAACAAAUCAUUCAGCAAAAAAAGCUCGAGAUACAGGCAAAAAUGCAAGAACAAAAAGCGAAAGAAGCCGUGGAAAACAUGAAAAAGACAAGCACGCUAGCUACGAAUUUGAUAGAAAACAGAACAAAUUCUCCAAAAAAAGACGAGGAGAAAUCGACCGCGUCUCAAACGAUUAAUUUGUUCGCCAACGACGGUAGCUUCUUGGAUCAGUUUAAGAAAAUUGCCAACAAAGGAACUGGGAGAUCAGAGUUUUCCUUGAAAACGGAGAAAAGGGAAGAGAACGUACAAGAGAAGGAACGAAAGAAGAACAACGACAGAAACAAGGACUGGGAAAAUAGGAAGGAUCGUGGAAGAGAGGAUUGGGAAAAGUCUUGCGACAAAAGACACGGCUCUUCUUCCAGCCCGUCUCCUAUGAAACAUCCGGUAUCUCAGGGCCAUCCAGAAGCCAGACGUUCGUUCAAUCAAGUCCAACAAACGUCCAACGGACACCGCACGCAGCAUACUCAUCAACAGUUUCUUCGUCAAAAUGGAAAUCUGUCUGCUAUUCCUCCCCACAUGUCUCAACCUAUGACGCAUCUUACCGGCGUAUCAUCGUCACCUAACACGAGAAGUAUCGUAGCAACCAACGUAUCCCCGCCAAAUUUAUCAAAAAUGCCUCCUUUGAAAAGUACGUGCAACACUUACCCCAGAGCGGACGAUCAAUCCGCAGAUGCAAAAAUGCACGUAUCGCCAUCCCGUACGAUUCGUCCACCCGCACCUCCACUUUUGUCCGUGCAAUCUAUUCUCCCAAAUACCAACGUACCCCCGCCAAAUAUGCACAUUUCUCAGACACUGUCGCCUAAUUUACAAAGCUUGCCACUACCACCACCGCCACCGCCACCACCACUAUCACCACUGUCACUACCACUACCGCUACCGCUACCGCUACCGCUACCACUACCGCUACCGCUACCUUCGUCGAUUCCAUCCGGAUCUCUGUCAUCCACAACGUCGUCAUUAACGUUGACAACACCAUCAACGUCGCCAACAUCCUCUUUGCUAUUGUCAUCACCGCCGCCGCCGUUGCUCUCGUUGUCUCGUUCCCAAUCACGACAGCACGUACAUUCAACUGGACGGCAAUGUGGUGUGCCACCUCCCACGUUACAAUCCUUAAACUUACCACCGCCAAACGUUCCUCCGCCUAAUUUGUUACCAACAAUGACGCAAAUGCCACCGAGUAUAAUGUCGAUUCCGGCCUCGCAGACGGUCGUGGUCAGCGUACCAAACGCGUCAAACGUGCCAAACGUUCCAAACGUUCCAAACGUUCCAAACGUCCCAAACGUCCCAAACGUCCCAAAUAUUCCGCCACCAAAUGUAAUAUCAUCCGUGAUGAUGUCCACUCCACCGCCAAUUCGCAACGUGGCCUCAAAUAUAAAUUCAAUUCCACCGCCAAACUUGAACAUCCCACCUCCGAACGUGCCGCCUCCAUCCUUGAUUCAAAAUGCCGGGCCACCGCCGCUUUCUUUGAUGUCGACCAGUUAUCCUCUUCCUAAUCAAGUCGCUCAGGUACCUAUUGGACCGCCUAACGUACAAGUGCCACCACCGGUGAGGCCACUGACCGGUCUACGAGCCUCUGAGCAGCUAGGUUUCUGCACCAAAAGCAAAGUGCAGCCUAUCUGCAGUACAGGGGAUUGGUGGCGAAAUUUCGCGCUGAAAAGUCAGCCAAGGAAAGUAAAAGUAACGGCGCGGAACUCUAUUGUCCGGAAGAAGCUCUCAGCGAUAACGACGAUAGCGAUCAAGGCCCUACUUGCAACAAACGUGUUUCACCGCAAGAAAAGAAACGAGAAAGAGAGAGCGACAGCAGCAACGCCGCUACAGAUCGACCAAAGGAGGACAACAAAGAAGAACGUAAACGAAAAAGACGUAGCCGAUGGGGUGAUCCGCAGGAUAGUAAAGCGCCUGUAGCGGCAGAAACGAACGCAUUAACCAGCCGUAACAAGCAACAAACUAGCACCGCGCAGCAACGCGCGGAAACGAAGAAUCCGAUGUUGACUAAAAUUUCCAGAAACGACCCAGCCUUGAUACAAUACGCUCGACAAACUUUCGGUACGUUGGAUCUUACGGAGGAGCAAUGGAAAAAAGCCGAGGAUCAUUACAAGGUGACGGAAAAUUUUGAAUUACUCGGAGCGUUUAUAAAUCUUCUUUAUCAAAACUUAUUGAGGAAAAGAGAAGAAGUGAGACGUUUGGAAGCACAGGGCAAGCACAAAUACGAAUACGACAGCGACGAAGAGACGGAAGGUGGUACUUGGGAACACAAACUCAGAUCUGCCGAAAUGGAGGCUACUCAAAUGUGGGCAGAAGAAUUGACGGCUCAAGCAGAAGGGAAACAUCACAUUGGCGAUUUUUUACCGCCGGACGAGCUGAAAAAGUUCAUGGAACAGUACAACGCGGUCAAACAAGGAAAAGAACCCGAUCUGAGCGAUUACAAGGAGUACAAACUGAAAGAAGACAACAUAGGUACGCACUUUGCGUUUCCGUCAGCGACCAAGAAAUUCGUAGAACGCGUGUCGUCGUUUUCAACGAUGUAUUCUCCUCGUUCUUGUUCUCUAGGAUUUCAGAUGCUACAAAAACUCGGUUGGAGCGAAGGACAAGGAUUGGGUAGCGAAGGCAGUGGUCGGGUCGAACCUAUCAACAAAGCAACCAACAGAUUCGACAGUGCCGGUUUAGGUUCCGAACGACCGGACGGUGUAUCCAGAGACGACGACGAAUUCGAUGCCUAUAGAAAGAGGAUGAUGCUCGCCUAUCGAUUCAGGCCUAAUCCUUUGAACAAUCCUCGAAGACCUUAUUAUUGAGAGAAGGCGAUACAUCGAUACGACGUUACAUCCGCGUGGCAUUGCGCGUUGAAAUUUCCACUCAGUCGGAAGGAAAGUCGUCGUUAUUUUGUACAUUUGAAAUAUCGUAAACGCAUAAGAUCACGAUCGUAAGAAGAUGUACGCUAAAACGCAAUACACGACGAUGCGAAAAAGUGAAAUCCCAAACUUGAAAUUUUCCGUACACGACAAGCGUCACGUACACGGGUUAGAAACAGCGAUCAAGAGCGAGUUUCAUUUAUUUCGAACUCUAUAGGUCGAGCCGUGUCGCGUCGCGUCGCGUCGCGUC